UGGACCUCUUCUUAUUUCUUCUUUAGAAUAAUUUGGAUGGGAUCUGUGAUGCAGAAAAGCUUAAAGAAAAAAGGAUAUCCAUUCUCUGUGGUGGAAAAAUUUUGAAAAAAAAAUUCCUUUCUUCAAACAAGGGUGCCAUUUUGAUAUUUAUGGGGAUUGCUGUCCUCACUAUGAAGGCAUCUGUUAUUGAAAUGUUCCUUGUUUUGCUGGUGACUGGAAUACACUCAAAUAAAGAAAUGACAAAGAAGAUUAAAAGGCCCAAAUUCACUGUGCCUCAGAUCAACUGUGAUGUGAGAGCUGGAAAGAUAAUCAAUCCCGAGUUCAUUGUGAAAUGUCCAGCAGGAUGCCAAGACCCCAGGUACCACGUUUAUGGCACUGACGUCUAUGCAUCCUACUCCAGCGUGUGUGGCGCUGCGGUUCACAGUGGUGUGCUCGAUAAUUCAGGAGGGAAAAUACUUGUUCGGAAAGUUGCUGGACAGUCUGGCUAUAAAGGGAGUUACUCCAAUGGUGUCCAGUCGUUAUCCCUUCCACGAUGGAGAGAAUCCUUUGUCGUCUCAGGUGAGACCACAAAAGCCUAUCAGAGCCCAUCAGCUCCAGGGACAACCGCACAGCCAGUCCCCCUGAUGCAAGUACUGGGGACCACCGCAGUUGAAGGCACCCAUACCACCUUGCCAAAGCCGCCCCCAUCUGCAGGCUCUACCACCAGCAGCCUCAGACCACAGCCCGUGGGCCAGAGAAGCCAGGAGCUGGCAGGGGAACCUGAAUUGUGGAAACCUGGAUCGGUGCUUCUAGAUGCAGGAUUUGUUCCAAAAAAAGAAUUAAGCACACAGUCUUUGGAGCCAGUAUCCCAGGGAGAUCCAAGCUGCAAAGUUGACUUGUCAUUUUUAAUUGAUGGGAGCGCAAGCAUUGGCAAACGUCGAUUCCGAAUCCAGAAGCAGUUCCUGGCCGACGUUGCCCAAGCUCUUGACAUUGGCCCUGCCGGUCCACUGAUGGGUAUUGUUCAGUAUGGAGACAACCCUGUUACCCAGUUUAAUCUCAAGACUCACAUGAACUCCCGGGAUGUGAAGACAGCCAUAGAGAAAAUUACCCAGAGAGGAGGGCUUUCUAAUGUAGGCCGGGCCAUCUCCUUUGUGACUCAGAACUUCUUUUCCAAAUCUAAUGGAAACAGAGGCAGUGCUCCCAACGUGGCCGUGGUGAUGGUGGACGGCUGGCCCACGGACAAGGUGGAAGAGGCAUCAAGGUUUGCAAGAGAGUCAGGAAUCAACAUUUUCUUCAUCACCAUGGAAGGUGCCUCUGAAAAUGAGAAGCAGUACGUGCUAGAGCCCAACUUUGCAAACAAGGCUGUGUGCAGAACCAACGGCUUCUACUCGCUCAGUGUGCAGAACUGGUUCAGCCUCCACAAGACGGUGCAGCCCCUGGUGAAGCGGGUCUGUGACACCGACCGACUGGCCUGCAGCAAGACCUGCUUAAACUCGGCCGACAUUGGCUUCAUCAUCGACGGCUCCAGCAGCGUAGGGACGGGCAACUUCCGCACGGUUCUCCAGUUUGUGGCCAACCUCAGCAAAGAGUUUGAGAUUUCCGACACGGACACGCGGAUCGGGGCCGUGCAGUACACCUACGAGCAGCGGCUGGAGUUUGGGUUUGACGUAUACAGCACCAAGCCUGACGUCCUCAACGCCAUCAAGAGAGUGGGGUAUUGGAGUGGUGGGACCAGCACGGGGGCUGCCAUCAACUACGCCCUGGAACAGCUCUUCAAGAAGUCCAAGCCCAACAAGAGGAAAUUAAUGAUCCUCAUCACUGACGGGAGGUCCUAUGACGAUGUCCGAAUACCGGCCAUGGUCGCCCAUCACGAGGGAGUGAUCACCUAUGCCAUAGGCGUGGCAUGGGCUGCACAGGACGAGCUGGAAGUCAUCGCCACUCACCCUGCCAGGGACCACGCCUUCUUUGUGGACGAGUUCGACCACCUCUACAAAGUGGUUCCCAAGGUCAUCCAGAACAUUUGUACAGAGUUCAACUCACAGCCCCGGAACUAAAUUCAGAGCAGGCAAAGCACCAGCAGAUGCCGCUUUCCCGACGGACUCUCGGACAACCCCCAAUGCUUUAUGGGACACACGUGGGGCAGCAAGGCACUUAGGGCUUGGAAACCACAUGUUGUUAUUUUUCUUUGCCAGUGUGGUGUUUCAUACUUCGAAACACAGAGUUAGAAAGGUGAUCAUAAAUUUGUAGAAUGAGCCAAAAUAAUACAUCGUUUUGGGAAUGCUGGGGAUUUUACAUUUUGAGAAUUGUUUUCAAAAUAAAAAUUGAGAAUAGAACACAGCACUUACGAAGGCUUAACUAGAGCUUUUGUGAGAUUUGUAACAUUUUAAUUUCCCAUUAGAAUUCUGUAACUCUCCACAAGUUUCAUUUUUGUCAUGACAAUAUAGGAGAUGCUUAAUUACAUGUUUGACAGGAUUUCAUGCAAUCACGCUGACCGUGUCAUGGGUAGUGUUCACAGGGUUUGUGGCAGGGCCACCUCUCUGCUCUACUCAUGCCCCAGAGCACCUGCCGUGCACUCUCUCCUGGCCCAAGGUGACAGCGCACCCACGGGGGUGCAGAGACAAGGUAACAGCAGCACGGCAGCGCCUGAUUUACCUCCCUGUUCUCUGUUAUCAGAAUCACGGUGUUCCUGCAGUAUAUGGAGCAGUUGGGGAAUGGCCCUGGAGGACCACACUGACCUGGCUUUAAAAGUGGUGCAUCAGGCUGGUGCAGCCACUCUCAGCCCGAGCUGCACAUUAGAAUCACUUGAGAGUACAAUGCUUGUUCCCAGGCCCACGCUAAUCCAGUGAAAGCUGAGUCUCUGGGAAGGGAGUCUGAGCAUUGGCAGGUGGUACUGAUGAUAUGCUGCCAGGAUUGAGAACUACUGAGCUGCCUCGGAGGGGCCAGUGUUAGAGCUGUUUCCUGGGAGAGCCCCUGUUUAUGCCUGUUGUUGUUGAGUCCCAUUUAGUUUAGCAUUUGUCUUGCAUAUUUCAUUUGUUAACUAGAUACUGUUAUUACUAGUUGCAUUAAAAUAAGCUGGCAUGGGUUUGGUUGAACUCCACUUUUUUUUACUUCUGGCUUCUACCAAGGACUCAUUUAUUAGGAUGUGAAAUUACAUACACCAUAGGGAAACAUUCAGAAGAAUCCUAAAUAGAGAUGACUAACUUGACAAGUUAUAUCCUGUAAAAAUAUGUGCUGGAGAAUGCUACUCUGAAUGGAGGCCAAAAGACAGUACCUGUGUCAAUACUUGGGACAAAAUAUUUACAUAAGAAAUUCUGAAUUGAAAAUAGCAUGCAUUUAGCAGAAUUUGCAUAGAACUUACCAAUUCUCAAUACCUGAGGAGUUAUUGUCAAUUAAAAAUGUUGUGGUCUACAGAGAAAGGUGUCAGCAAUUUCAAAUUUAUUAACGAUAGAUUUUAUUUCGAAAGCAAUUGCAAACAGAUUUGUUCAAAACCUUCAAAAUACGAAAACUAGCUUCGAAAAGGAAAUUCUUCAUAAAGAUACCAGUGACACAUUAUUAGUGACAGAUUUAGCUAGGAAACUAAUUAAAGAACAUAAGUACUAGGAUCAAUUAUUCUGCCUAUGAUUUUGAAUGUGCAGAUAAUUGAUAUAAAG